AUGAAUGCAGAGUUGUACUGUGAAACACUAAGAGGUUUGAGCAAACUUGUGAAAAACAAGAGAUAUGGAAAGUUAAGCAAAGGCGUUGUCCUCUUGCACGACAAGGCAAGCACAACACAGUGUUUGUUUCGCAGUUUUGAAUGGGAGGUCUGGCAGCAACCACCAUUCAACCCCGAUAUGACACCUAGUGACUUUAACGUAUUCGGCAAGCUCAAAAAUCAUUUGGGUGGAAGCCUAUUUUCCAACGAGGACCAGAUUCAGACAGCUUUUCUAAGCUGGCUCCAGGACCAAAGAGCGAUUUUCUAUAGUCAAGGCAUUGAACGAUUAGUGCUAAGUUCCGACAAAUGUCUCCAGCGACUGGGAGAUUAUGUUGAGAAAUAG